AGUAACUUGCAUAAGUAUUUAGCUAUCCAUCCUGGCAGUUCGUUUUAAUGUUGGACGUAACGUUGCAUGACCAAGCAACCUACCGGCAAUGGUAGCGUUCUAUUCAUUAUUGAGGUCGAAGAAGGAAAGGUCCACAAUUUAGUGGGUACUUUUACAUAAGUUCACAUGUACGAUAAGAUUAUAUAACCAAAAUUUCAUUGGUAAAAAAAAAACAUUUCACACACAAUAAGACCAAAAAGUGGUGAUGAAAUUGAAGAUUAAUAUCUCAAUUUUGAAGUUAUCGCAGAUACAUAUUAUUGAUCUUGAGGAUUUAAUUAUCUUAUUGUGUUAGUUUAUGAUUUUAUCAGUGCUAAAUACAAGCGUGACUCAUUUUCUGCACAGUAAACAGUUACAGGAAUAUUCUAAAAUUAUGUGCAAGAGCUACUCACAAUUAACCGUUGUAGUCUAAUCAUCCGAAAAGUAAUAGAUAAUCUAAGAUUUAAAAUAGAGUUAAGUUGUGCCCGUCAACCUUGCUAAAUUUUGUAACGUUAGGCAAUCUUGUUCAAUGGUCUGAAUUAAUAUCCAGCACCUGCUGCUUCAUGAUUUACGAGUGUAAUAAGUAUGCAUAAUAUGGCGUUGCUCCGAAAUUAAUUUGACAUAAAAUGAAAUUGAGUUACAAAUACAAACUCAAAUAAAAUCUACGCAUAUAAAUAAACCAACCAAACUGGAUACAAUUCUGUAAGAAUCACCGGAAAUCAUACAACUUAAGUGUUAUGUUAAGUAAAUAAUUUGUAUCUCCGAAAUCUGAUCAAAUUCCUUUCAUGUGACGAGUGAAAUGUCAACAAUUGACAAGAAAGUGUAUCGUUAAUCCAAUCCCACCAACAUUUUUUCUUCAGUUUGUCCGAUUUCAGUGUAAAAAUGACGUCCUUCCAACAAGCGUUUGCAGUACACUGUUACAUUGCAAUAAGCGUUAUCUUUAUGCCCGUAAGAUCUUUACCAUUUCCAAAACCCUUAGCCGAACCAAAUGCAAACCCAACCCCACAAUUCCCCCCGAUCGGACACAGUCAAAGUUCUCAGCAUCUUACAAUGUACAAACCGAUUCAAAUUGGUUAUCAAUCUCCAGCAGUUAGUAAUAGUGGUGGUGGUGGGUUUAACCCUUUGUACCCAGUGUUCACCUACAAUUAUAACGUGUCUCACCCUCUAAAACCUUACGGACAACAGCCAGGCUCAAGACAGUCUGGCGUCCUUUUGGACUCACAACAAGUCCAGUAUUUAAUGCAGGGGCAACAGCGUCGUGGCAUCCAAACUGGUCAGCCCUUACAACUUCAGUACCAAAGACAAUUUCAACAAAAUAAAAUUUAUGCCCCUGUGAUAAUUACGAAUUCAAAUGCUAUUAAAAAACCGACGCAAAAUCUCGUGGCUUCCGGUCGAGGAGCCUUUUACGAGACUGACAGUGAAGAACCUGGUCUUGGACUUCGAACGAAUACUGUUAAUGGAAGCCCCAGGACGCGUACUGACAAACUUAUUCUCGAUCAACGAGUUCGCAGCCAGCAAUCUUUAAGUUUAAAUCAACAAGCAUUUAACCAACAGAGUUUCCGAUACCCAGAAAACGUAGCUUUUCCCAAUAUCAAUAAUCAAUUCUCGCCACAAAGUAUUGUUCAAUUGCCGUACAAUACCGGCAUUACGACCACCCGGCCACCAAUUCAUGUUCCAUACUUGACCACUCCCAACUCGCUCAAGAAACUUCAACAAAUACAGAAAAAUUCGCAACAAACAAUCGCAGGCUUCCGGUCUCACCUGGGUCUAAUUAACCCUGCCAGCAUCCAAUCUACUUCCUUAAUUGAACUUGAUCGAAAUUCUCUCCUGAAUUUGAGCCCUGCCAUAAGAAGUGGAAGAGUUCAGAACAUCGUGGUUCCUGUAUCCACCGCUGGCCAGACUCCGGCAGGGACACGACUCCUUCAACAGAACAUCAACAGCUUGCAAAACCUCCAAAAUGUGGUUGCCAACAAUGUUUAUGCUCACCAAAGGGGACAACAACUCUUCACUGGAAGGACUUUAGACGUGGAUCUGUCCAGUCCAAAUCUCCACAUUUUGAAAGGAAUCGCCAUUACGCCAGAAAAUCAGCGGGACGUUGGUCACUUAAUUUUUACAGAUCCUCGCAAUCCUACCGUUCCGAAUGGGGCAGUAUUGGCUAGCACGGCUCAAAAGGUGUUUAUUUUACCGCAGGGGGGCGACAAUCUGGCUGCAACAGACUCUGAAAAUGCAAUCAAUUUUGAUGAGACGCCGGCAGAAAUUGUUGUCACUGUUGUGGACGAGGACGAUUCCAACUCUUCAAUUCCUGGUACAAAUAAACCCACCGAGAAGGGAAAAGUUAUCACAAAUUUUUCCCUAUUUUUACUUCCAAGUUCUUACAAAAAAUGUGCUGAGGGCUAUCGCAGAGCACAAAGUGGAAAAUGCAGACUAAUAAUUAAACUCAGGGGGGGAAAUAGGGUUUAUUCUGGGUAAAUUUUAAAUAGUUUUUAAAUAAUUUUUGAGCAAAAUUUUAAAUUUUCGAUUAAAUUAUCUAUAGGAAAUAUUAAUGUUAUUCUAUUGUACAGGGUUUCGUGUUUUGUUAAUAAAUGUCCUUUCCUAUAUGAAAGUUAAUUAAAAAGAAAUGCAAAAUAUUUAGCAUUCAAUAAUAAUAAUACUGUUAACUGUUGUUGAUUUAAUGCAAAAUUUAUUGAACCGUAAGCAGAAUGUUGUUCCAAGAAAUAAAUAGAUACCAAGUAUGUUAAGGUUGAACUGUGUUCAGCAACCAACAAGUUAUUAGUCACUGGUAUUCCACAACAAAGUUGACGGCAAAUAAUCGACCCAAGUGAUCUAUUAAUGUGUGCAAAGUUUAUGUAUGCAAAAUACCCAAUAAAUUCUGAUCAAAUUAUUGACCCACUACUCCAUAA